AUGUCCAGAUCCGGGGACAGGACCUCCACCUUCGACCCCAGCCACAGCGACAACCUGCUGCACGGCCUCAACCUGCUGUGGAGGAAGCAGCUCUUCUGCGACGUGACCCUGACGGCCCAGGGCCAGCAGUUCCACUGCCACAAGGCCGUGCUGGCCUCCUGCUCCCAGUACUUCCGAUCCCUGUUCUCCAGCGGCGGCGGGAGCGGCGGGCACCCCCACGCCCUGGGGCUGGGGCCGGCCGCCCAGGACGGGCUGGGAGGUCCGCCGAAGGAGCCGCCGCCGCCGCAGACGCAGGAGGAGCCCGGCACCCCAUCCUCCUCCCCGGAGGACAAGCUGCUGGCCAGCCCGCGGGCCAUCAACAACCUGGUGCUGCAGGGCUGCUCGUCCAUCGGGCUGCGGCUGGUGCUGGAGUACCUGUACACGGCCAACGUGACCCUCUCGCUGGACACGGUGGAGGAGGUGCUGUCGGUCAGCAAGAUCCUGCACAUCCCGCAGGUCACCAAGCUGUGCGUGCAGUUCCUCAACGACCAGAUCUCGGUGCAGAACUACAAGCAGGUGUGCAAGAUUGCCGCCCUGCACGGCCUGGAGGAGACCAAGAAGCUGGCCAACAAGUACCUGGUGGAGGACGUGCUGCUGCUCAACUUCGAGGAGAUGCGCGCCCUUCUCGACUCGCUGCCCCCCCCCGUCGAGUCGGAGCUGGCGCUCUUCCAGAUGUCCGUGCUCUGGCUGGAGCACGACCGGGAGACCCGCAUGCAGUACGCCCCGGACCUGAUGAAGCGCCUCCGCUUCGCCCUCAUCCCGGCGCCGGAGCUGGUGGAGCGGGUCCAGUCGGUGGAUUUCAUGCGCACCGACCCCGUCUGCCAGAAGCUGCUGCUGGACGCCAUGAACUACCACCUGAUGCCCUUCAGGCAGCACUGCCGGCAGAGCCUGGCCAGCAGAAUUCGUUCCAAUAAGAAAAUGCUGUUACUGGUUGGAGGAUUGCCUCCCGGACCUGACCGGCUACCCAGCAAUUUGGUUCAGUAUUAUGAUGAUGAAAAGAAGACGUGGAAAAUACUGACAAUUAUGCCAUACAACAGUGCCCAUCACUGCGUCGUGGAAGUGGAAAACUUCUUGUUCGUGCUGGGAGGAGAAGACCAGUGGAACCCUAAUGGGAAACACAGUACAAACUUUGUUAGCCGAUACGAUCCCAGGUUUAACAGCUGGAUACAACUUCCACCCAUGCAAGAGAGGAGAGCCAGUUUCUACGCCUGCCGCCUUGACAAGAACUUGUAUGUCAUCGGUGGAAGAAACGAAACUGGCUACUUGUCCAGCGUUGAGUGCUACAACCUGGAGACAAACGAGUGGCGUUACGUGUCUUCGCUACCACAACCCCUGGCAGCCCAUGCAGGAGCCGUUCACAAUGGCAAGAUAUAUAUUUCAGGAGGUGUUCACAAUGGAGAAUAUGUCCCCUGGCUGUACUGCUAUGACCCUGUGAUGGAUGUCUGGGCCCGAAAACAGGACAUGAACACAAAACGAGCAAUCCACACUUUGGCUGUGAUGAAUGAUCGCCUGUAUGCAAUUGGAGGAAACCAUUUGAAAGGUUUCUCCCAUCUCGACGUAAUGCUUGUGGAAUGUUACGAUCCAAAAGGUGACCAAUGGAAUAUCCUCCAGACUCCUAUUCUGGAGGGUCGCAGUGGCCCUGGCUGCGCAGUCCUUGAUGACAGUAUUUACCUUGUAGGAGGCUACAGCUGGAGUAUGGGAGCCUACAAAUCUUCUACUAUUUGCUACAGUCCUGAGAAAGGGACUUGGACAGAACUGGAAGGUGACGUUGCGGAGCCCCUAGCAGGACCUGCGUGUUCGACUGUGGUAUUGCCGGCCUGCGUUCCGUACAACAAGUGA